AUUAGAUAUUUAUUUGAAGAAAGUAACACACAAGUCCCCACUCUCUGGCAAAAAUACAUGCAUAUCCUGAAUGGUUUAAUAUCAAAGGAAACCAUCACAUGAACUGAUGGCUGCUCAUCUGACACACCAGCCAGAUGUCAGAGACUUUGUCUUCUUGUAAAAUGUUAUGUGUGAUCUCUCACAAACAUCUGGCAGCAGUUAGGAAAGACUGAGUCAGUUUAGAAGGUUUUAAGAAGGGUUCAUAUUGCACUGGGGGGCGAGUGUUGUUUGGUCUCUUUUGUCAUCACGUAUGUCACAUGUCGAGGUUUUUUGGGAUGGAAUUGGGUCGAAUCUAGUUGAAUUAUAAAUUAAAUUGAACACUGGAGCGGAUGUUCUUUGUUAUGAAAAUGUCUCUGAAGUGAAAUGAGAGACGCUGGUAGAAGUGGAGCUGAUUGUAUGUCUUAUUUAUGUGAAUGUGCAAAGUAAGUCAAAUAGAUGUAGUGAAAAAAAGUACAAAGGAAAACAGGGUGUAAAACGUAAGUAAAGGAAAUACUAAAGUAAAGUACAAAGUAAACUUUUACUUUGGUAAAUACACAUUCCACCAUCCUGUCAUGAGAGGAAAAAGAAGAGACGAAACAAAUGUGGUGUAAAUUGUAGAGAAAUGUAAACUUUUAAUAUCACACUUUUUGAAAAAGUUAAUAUUUGUAUGUGGCAGUUGAGUAAAUGACUGCACAUUAUCUAAACAAUAAAAUAAGAAGAAUUAAUCCAAUUUCCCUUCAUGUGACUUGUUUGAAUUUAGUGAGGGACGGGAGGUGGGACUGAGGAGGAGGUGGGACUGAGAGGGAGGAGGAAGAGGAGGAGGGGGAGGAAGGUGGAUGGAGGUCUGGCUCUUUCCUCGCUCACUGCAGCAGCAAACAAAGAGGGAGAUGGAAAAGUCCCUGUGCACGUUGGCUGCAGUGGUUUUUCUGGGUGGAUUUUUAGACGCAGCGCCUAGAAACGAUUCAACAGCCGAGAUGAGUUCAUUAUUGAACAACACGCGCGCGGUGGAGUCUGUCUCUGCGCAGCCGCAGGAACGCGCCGCAGACCGACCGAGGACGAAGUUGUCCACCAGAGACAAACAGAACACCAAAAACAUCAGCCGAGACAGUGAAGGGAAAAAAAAGAAGAAAAAAGAAGAAGAUGACAGCAAGACAGAAAAUACCAGAACACAGCCGGACUGCCCCCCUCUCGGCCUGGAGUCCAUGCGGGUCGACGACAGCCAGAUCCGGGCUUCUUCCUACCAGCGCACGGGUCUGGGUCCUCACAGGGGGAGGCUGAAUAUCCAGUCUGGCAUCACGGACGGCGACCAGUAUGACGGAGCCUGGUGUGCUCAGUAUAAGGACCGGCACCAGUGGCUGGAGGUGGAUGCCAACCACCUCACCCUGUUCACCGGAGUCAUCCUGCAGGGCCGAAACUCCAUCUGGAGUUGGGACUGGGUCCACACCUACAAAGUCCAGCUGAGCAACGACUCCGUGAGCUGGCAGACCUGCAUGAACGGGACAGAAGAAGCGAUAUUUGAAGGAAACCAGAAUCCAGAGAACCCGGUGCUCGGACUCCUUCCCGUUCCCACCGCCGCCCGCUUCAUCCGCAUCAACCCUCAGACCUGGUACGUCAACGGCACCGUGUGCCUCAGGGCCGAGAUACUCGGCUGUCGAGUCGACGGUCCAACGGACGGUUUCUACUCUGAGGAAGAACCGGGAUCGAAGGACGCUCUGGACUUCAGACAGCACAACUACAAAGAGAUGAGGAAGCUCAUGAAGUCUGUGACGGAGGCGUGUCCGGACAUCACCCGCAUCUACACCAUCGGGAAGAGCUACCUGGGCCUCAAACUGUACGUCAUGGAGAUCUCGGAUAACCCCGGCAAACACGAACUAGGGGAGCCUGAGUUUCGCUACGUGGCCGGGAUGCACGGGAACGAGGCUCUGGGCCGAGAGCUCGUCCUCAACCUCAUGCAGUACUUGUGCAGAGAAUACAAGAAGGGCAACCGGCGCAUCGUUCGGCUGGUGACCGAGACUCGGAUCCACCUCCUGCCCUCCAUGAACCCCGAUGGAUACGAAGCGGCUUAUGAGAAGGGCUCUGAGCUGGCCGGCUGGGCCGAGGGACGAUACAACUAUGAAGGAAUCGACCUGAAUCACAACUUCCCAGACCUGAACAACCUCAUGUGGGACACCCAAGAGAUGGCGGCAGAUAAAUCUAAAGUCCCCAACCACUACAUCCCCAUCCCAGAGUACUACACUCAAGAAGACGCCAUGGUUGCACCAGUGACGCGAGCCGUCAUCAACUGGAUGCAGGAGAUCCCCUUCGUGCUGAGUGCAAACCUCCACGGGGGAGAGCUGGUGGUCACGUACCCCUACGACUGCACCCGGGACUGGGCCCCCCAGGAGGACACGCCCACGGCGGACAACGCUUUCUUCCGCUGGCUGGCCACCGUCUACGCCUCCACUCACCUGGUGAUGUCCAACCCCAACCGCCGCAUCUGCCACUACGAGGACUUCCAGGCACACAACAACAUCAUCAACGGCGGCGCCUGGCACACCGUCCCCGGCAGUAUGAAUGACUUCAGUUACCUGCACAACAACUGCUUCGAGGUGACAGUGGAGCUGUCCUGUGACAAGUUCCCUCACGUCAGCGAGCUUCCCAUCGAGUGGGAGAACAACAAGGAGUCCCUGCUGGUGUACAUGGAGCAGGUUCACAGAGGCAUCAAGGGUGUGGUCAGGGACAAGCUGAGCAAACAGGGAAUAGAAGAUGCCGUCAUCAGGGUGGAGGACCACGAGCACGACAUCCGAUCGGCGGCCGACGGCGACUACUGGCGUCUACUGAACCCGGGGGACUACAAAGUGAUGGUUUGGGCCCAGGGCUAUUACCCGUCCAUGCGUCGGUGCCGCGUCGGAGUGGAGCCACACGCCACCAUCUGUGACUUCGGCCUGACCAAAACGCCCACUCAGAGGCUGAAUGAGAUCCGGACCAAAGGAGGGAAGAUUCCCCAGGACCUGCAGCUGCGUCUUCGCACUCUGAGGCUCCGCAUGCUUCGCGCCAGCACCAAGGCCCUCAACCAGCGCAGGCACAGGAGGGCCCGGUCCCCCGGAGGCCAGAGAGAAUUCAGCUCGAGGCGCUAAAGAAGCCUCAGAGAUGAGCUGGAUUCAGGAAGUUCAGUUUAAACGGAGAAAAGUCUCUGGGAAUAGCGACAUGUUGCUACUAGAGAGGAUAUAGCAUUAAAAAGGGCCAAUUUACUAAAAUAUCUAUUUUUUUCUGCGUAGCCCAAAGAUAUAUAUUAAUAUCAGCCCCUGAGAUUUGUAUGUGCUCACCACAACUUUAAUUAUUGAAGAAAAACACGGGAACGUAUUAAUUUGGGCGUACUGGCCCUUUAAGGCAGAUUAAACCACAACCGUCACAAAAACUCUUAAAGACAUUGACGGCAUGUUUAAAAAGCAGGUUUUUAUACAACAACAAAAAAAGACACAAACUUUAGAAUAACUUCUAAAAAAGGUACAGAAACGUUUUGAAGGACUAUGGACAUCUUCACAUUUAUCGACAGGCAUCAUCUAAUGUUAAAGUUACAAUUCACUUCUUUUUUUUGUACAUGAAGUGUUCCGACAUCAUCGCUGAUGAUGCUGUGACGGUGUUUGUUGACGACUGAGUGCGAGUGUCAGCUGGUCUGAUGUGUGACAUCUUUUUUUUUUUUGAAUAACAGUGCGUCUGUUUUUGUUUGUUUGACUUGAGUCCAACAGGACCAAAAAUAAAUCUCAAAUAAAUGA